AUGGCGUUCCUCAAGAGUUAUCAACUUAAAGUGCGAUCGCUCAUCAUCAAGUACGGGUACUUGGAUGGUGAGGUUCCGCGAGACACAAUCAGUGAGCCAAUGACGACUUUUGUUUUUGAAAACCUUAUCUCGGCAAUCCUUGUUCGCCCUCUGUUCUUUUUCCUUCUGGCUUACCGGCAACAUGAGUUGCCCUCGCUUUCGCUCUGGUUACCCUUGCAGCUAUUUUGCUUUACGAUGAUCGUGGACUUUAUCUAUUACUGGGGUCAUAGGGCUACACACGAGGUGGACGCCUUGUGGACACUGCACAAGACACAUCACACAACGAAACACCCGAACCCUUUCUUGGCAGGCUUUUCAGAAGAAGUGCAAGCCGUGUUUGACGCCCUAGGUACUCCCGUGCUUACUUACAUGGUGUACCCUAUUUCUUUUGACGCAUUGUAUAUUUGGUCUUUGUACUUUAUCUCCAUCGAGGUCAUGGGGCACUCAGGCCUGCGCGUCUACUACCCUGGUGUUCUUACAUCGUUCCUUCUACGACCUUUCAAUCUGAACAUCGUUGUGGAGGACCAUGAUUUGCAUCACCGCUACGGAUGGGGUAAAAGUUACAACUACGGCAAACAGUCGGUCUUUUGGGAUCAGUUGUUUGGCACCCGUGGUGAAAGACUCGAGUUGCGUGAUGACAAUGUCGACUGGCAUACACGCGUCGACGUGGGAUGGACCAAAGAGUAG